AUCGUACUCUUUUAGAACUGUACUAUUUUCGCACAGGAGGUGAGAACUUUGCUGAGAUUCCUACUUUGGCGUCAAAGACAGCCCGAUAAUGGCGAUCUUGCUUGGCAAGGUUGCUUUCAUCUUACUGCUCGGUGGGGUAGCACUGGCAAGAGCUGAGCCUGUGGCCGAUAUCGCCGAGCUAGUAGCUGAUGAGCAAGCCGCCGAAGAUGAAGCCGUGAUGGACAGUCGCUUCUUGGACUCUGAUUUUGACUACGCCGUCGACAAUAAUGGCGAUGAGUUUGCUGACGAAUACAACGCUCAAAUUCUUUUGGCUGGUCGCCGCGGAGCAGCGCCAGGCUUCUGGAACUCCGUCAAGAACGCGGCAGCCAAGGCGGGAAAGUUCGCGGCAAAGACCCUGGCAACAGCCGCACUGAAAACCCUGGAAGCACAUACAGCAACACGCGAUGCAGACUCUGCUAUGGAAAUGAUGAGCGCCGUGGCUGAGAAGGAAUUCCAGGAGAUGGGAAAACGCUUGGCGGAACAGGCUGUAGCAGCAGCAGAGCGCUCCGCAGAAGCAUACGGGAAUCCGUCUUUCUGGGGAACGAUCAAGUCCGGAGCCCGCAAGGUCUGGAGCCACGUAAAACCCAUCGCCAAGGAGAUUGGACACAAUGUUGUGCAAAUUGUCUCCAAGAAGCUGACAAGCUUGGCUAACAGUAAGCGCACUGCAGAGGACAUGCAGGAGCUUGCCAGAUUCACUGCCCAGGUAGCCAAGCGAGCAUCACGUGAUCUCGCCCACGCCACUGCUCUGGCCAUCCAAGCAGAAACGAACAGCCGUGAACCACAAUUCGUUCAUGGCAACAUGCGCUCAGCACGUGCUGCCUGGGACGCACUGAAUACUGCCAGUGUCAACAUGGCCAAGACACUGGUUAGCAAUGCCGAUGUGUUCCAACAGGCGUCCAAGAGAGAACUGUCCUAUCGUGAUUAUCGGGUGAUGUCGUGUAACUAUCCCGGAAAAUGUCACUACGCGUCGGCGACCUCCUACCCACGUGCAGCCACUGCUAACGACGCUGCGUUCGAUAGGGUUGCUAAUGAUGUUGCGAGUGCAUUGACAGCAGAUACUGUGAGAGCAGUUGAGGAGAUGAAACGCGCACCAGCCGCCUUCUUUCACGUGCCCAUUUUCCCUCCACCCACUUUCCGCACCAUUGGCAUAGCCAGAGGCGCAUCCAUGCGCGAUCCAGACCCAGCACCAUUCCUCCUUGGCUCCCUCAUUGGAAUGGUCGGCAAAGGCAUCGUUGGCGCUAUCAGCCAUGCCAUCCAUCGCAAACGUGAAGCUAGCACGAUUGGGGACAUCGCUAUGGAGGAAUUCGACAGGGACUCGGAUGUUGAAGAAAUAGCAGAUGCCAUGCUCACGAACAACCAGGGCGCUUUGUCCCGCCGUGACGCAGACCCCGGAUUUCUGGACGUAAUGAAGAAGAUUGGUACUGGCGUUUUCCACGUGGGAAAGUCCCUACUGGGCUUCCGCAGAUCAGAGGGCAUUGACCUACGUGAGACCAACCCGUUCCUGUUUGGAAUAUUGGGAAAAUUGGUGAAAAAUGUUGUUCAACAUAUCUCCUCACGUGACGCUCUUCAGACACGUGACACCGACCCCUUUUUCGGAGGCAUUUUUACGAAAGCACUUAAAGCGGCUGGCAAGCAUCUUCUUGGUGCUGCCGUCCAACAUCUCUCCUCACGCAGGGCGAUGCAGAACAGGAACGCGAAGAAAGCUAAGCACAUCAUGAUUGCAGGCCUCCAUCACCACAAGCCACAUUUCUACAAGCAUCACAGACCGUCAGCCACCGUCCACGUUCGUGUUGAAGGCAAGUAAAGGAGCGUCACCGCUAGUCGCCACUCCUCAAAAUGACUUCACAAAUCUAUGGCUGCAUAGCUUGGAUUUUUCUGUGAAGCGAUAAGCCUGGACAUCAUCCGUAGGCUUAUUACGAGCGUUACACAUUUAUCAUCUUUUGCCCUUCUUAACACUGUCCGUUUGGCUACAUCUCUGCAUGUGCAUUUCUCUGUCAUCACUGUUUCAGUUCCUUUUUUCUCUACUUUUCACCAUUUCCCGGACACAUACCUCUAGAACUAUACACAGUUUGAACUGGA